AUGUUGACAAACUUAUAUUUAUUUAGUUUUAUCUUUUUAUUCUUACCAACUGAUGUAGCUUCUGAAUCUCCUACACAUCAACGUAUCUAUUGUGUUAUUAAAACUUUCGGUCAAAAUCUAGAAACACGAGCAUUAACUAUUCAUCAAACUUGGGCAAGUCGAUGUGAUAAACAUUCAUUUUUAGUAGCAACAAAUCUUACUAGAUGGAGUAAUAUAACAUUGCCUAUACUUAAUUUAAAUGAUGUUGGUGAUAAUUAUGCUGAAUUAAGUAUUAAAGUAUUUGAUGCACUUAAUGUUAUAAUUCAACAACCACAGCCAUAUGAUUUUGAUUGGUUAUUUAUUGCUGAUGAUGAUACAUAUGUUAUUAUGGAACAUUUACGUCUCUUACUUCAGUAUACAUCUAAACCAUUAGUAUAUGGACAUGUAUUUAAACCAAAAACUGCUGCACCUGUUCAUUUGAGUGGUGGUGCUGGUUAUGCAAUAAAUACAAUUGCUCUUCAACGAAUGUUACCAAAUUUACAGACAACUUGCUCUCAAUGGUAUGUUCCAGGUAUGGAAGAUGUUUAUGUAAGUCGAUGUUUACAACAAUUAAAUAUUACUUUAAAUGCUGCUUUUGAUCAUUAUCAUCAUCGAUUUUAUCCACUAGAAUUUCUUUCAAUGUAUAAGAUGGAUUUUCCACAAUGGUAUGUGGAUUAUAAUACAUUAGAAUCUUAUCCAGGUUUUAGUUGUUGUUCACCAUUAUCGAUUAGUUUUCAUUAUAUGACUAGAGAAUGGAUGAAUCUUAUUGAAUGGGCACGAUAUUUGGAUGAUGAUAAUAAUAUAUAA